AGACAGUAUAUGCGUUUUCGGCCUGCGAUUGCCGGAUUCGAAUUGAAAUGGCAGGUGCUGAAAGAUGUUCGUUUCUUAAAACUGCUGUUCAGGGUACCUAUUUCGACGUCUGAUGGUGAGAAAGAUCUAUUAUUAGGAGAUACUGGAACAGCAGCGCAGUCAAUUCCUAUGCGACCUCUUACGCAGGAAGAUGUGCCAGAAAUCGAAAAGCUUUGUGCCGCUUCCUUCCCAAUUCAGUUCCAAGAAGUUGUUUCGGGGGAGUUAAUUAGUGUAGGACUGUUCAAUGAUAAGAAGUUGGUCGCUAUGAUGGUUGCAGAAAUUAAAACAAUCCUGCAUUGUAACCCUGAGGAUCGUGAUAUAAUUGCCGACACUGGGGCACAUGUAGUCUACAUGUUGAGUUUAGCCGUCGCUUAUCCCUAUCGAAGAUUAGGUCUUGCAUCAAGGCUACUACGCCAUCUGCUGGACUCAGUUGUUGACUGUCCUCCAUAUCCGAAAGCUGUUUUCUUACACGUCCUUUCCACUAAUUCACCUGCCAUUAAUUUCUAUGAAUCACAUGGUUUUGUUCACCAUACUACUCUUUUGAAGUACUACCGUUUGAAGUCUCAGUACGGCGAUGCACGCACAUACGUACUGUACACGAAUGGUUCACGCCCACCGUUUUCUUUGAUUGAUAUUUGCUGUUCAAUUGGUGCUGUUCUUUGCUUCCCUGUUAAAGCUAUAUGUCGUACAAUAAUCCUAAUGAAAAAGUUUCUCAUGUUUUCCACAUGA